AUGGCUUUGCAUCUGAGAUACAAGAUGGAUAUGUUGGCUUUCUCUGGAUGCACCCAAGGUUGUACAGCAGAAGAAGCUGAAGAGCUCAAGCGAAUGAGAAAUGUGUGGCCACAUGAAUUGUGCUUUUCAUUCAAGCAUGCAUUCCCCUGGUGGAGGGAGAAAGAGAUUGUUUCUGAGGAAAGGAGAUCACAAGGUCUGUGUCCUCUGACUCCGGAAGAGACAUCAUUAGUUUUACAGGCACUAGGUUUUGACAAAGACACUCAGAUUUACAUCGCAUCUGGAGAAAUCUAUGGCAGCGAACGGAGAUUAGCCACAUUGAGGGCUGCAUUUCCACGGAUUGUUAAAAAGGAGAUGCUGCUGGAUCCAAAGGAGUUGCAGCAGUUCCAUAAUCACUCGUCACAAAUGGGGGCUCUAGAUUUUAUGGUAUCAAUAGCCAGCAAUACUUUCAUCCCCACAUAUGAUGGAAAUAUGACAAAACUUGUGGAAGGUCACCGCAGAUAUCUUGGAUUUAAGAGAACCGUUCUCUUAGACCGUAAAAAGCUUGUGGUGUUACUGGAUUUGUAUCAAAAUGGGACACUUUCACAGAAUGAUUUUGAAGUUGCUGUACAUCUGGCACAUGAGAAGAUGGGAAAGCCAAAUCAUCGUAGAGUUAUUGUCGAUAAGCCCAAGGAGGAGGAUUACUUCUAUGCAAAUCCUCUGGAGUGCCUUUGUGAGCAACGCGACUGUGAUGAUUUGCUAGGCCCGGGCAAGAGAAACUCCAGUGAAGUCUCUAGUUGAUUUACGGCGAUGAUCAACUAUUGUCAUCUGAACAUGUUCUCUACAAUAUGUUCACGGGCUUAGGAUUCAAGUUGAUCUCUACAAAAGUUGCAGUGCGCGGCAUAGCUGCAUUAGUUUUCCUUACAUUAAGAUAUGAAGACACUCUUUGAGUUUGUUGCGCGAGCUGCUCUGCUUUCAUCAUCGUGAAUGGUUUUUUGUUUGACCAUGAUAAGCAAAUGCCUGAGAGCCUAACAAGCAGCAGCCAGCAAAGAAUUCUUGUCUUCCUUCUAAGGCAACUACAAAGAUAAAUUCAUCAUUUUUUCUUGUCCAUAGUUAACGAUCGUAAUCUGUUGAGAAGUCCCUGAAAGUGAGAGUGUACGUAUUGCCCUUUUUGUGCUAACACAGAAUGAAAGCUUAUUUGGUUCAUGUC